AUGGCGAUCAUGGAAGGACUAAGACAAGCAAUUAAAAAAGAAUUCAAUAUUCGAGUUUCCAUAAAUUCUCAGCAGGCUGGAAAGUUCCUCAAAGAAAGUCGUAAUACACUGAUCAGAUUAACUUGGCUUAAUGGCACCUUGAUCACUGAUGCAGAAACUAAAGACUUUCAGAAUUUCCUACUGCAAUCUAGCCUGAUUGAGUCUAGGAGUACUGGAGCAUUUUACUCUUGGUCAAAUAGUAGUGUGGGAAGUGAUAGAGUAGUGAGUAGGAUUGACAAAGCUUUUGUCAAUCAAGCAUGGUUGAGUAUGUAUACUAAAGUAGUUGUUGAAUAUUUAGCUCCUGGUAUAUCAGACCACUCUCCCCUAAAAUUUGCUUUGAUGGCUGGCAAUGUACAAGGGGGAAGACCAUUUAAAUUUUUGAAUAUAAUGGCUGAGCAGGAGGAUUUUCUGCUCACUGUUGAUAAAGCCUGGUCCUCUAUACAGGGCAGAUCUAGUCUUCAAUCAAUUUGGUUGAAACUCAAAGCUGUCAAGAGAGAUUUAAAGGUGAUGAAGAAGCAGAAAAUGGGGAUAGCACAGGACAAGGUGGAAGUAUUGAGACAGCAAAUAACUGAAUUACAGACUCAGGGGGAUUAUGACAGUAAUGCAGAGGCUCAACUCUAUGUCAAAGGUCUGCUGAAGGACCUGAAUCACUGGUCUCAUGUUGAAGAAAGUAUCCUUCAUCAGAAAUCCAGGAUCAACUGGUUACAAAAGGGAGAUGCUAAUACUAAACUGUUUUUUACUGCUACUAAGGCCAGACAUGGGCAAAAUAGAAUUGAUUUGAUAGUAGCAGAUGAUGGGAGAAUGGUAAAGGAUGCAGGUGCUAUAAGGGAGGAAAUUUUAGACUUCUAUAAGAAGCUUUUGGGAACAAGAGCCACAAGUCUUCAGGGGGUGGAUCUAAAUGUUGUGAGGGAGGAACCAAGAGUUCAUGAAUUUUUUGCUAAUAGUAGAAUGUAUAGACGUGUGAAUUGCACUGCUGUGACUUUGCUUCCCAAGAUCCCAAAUGCAACUAAGGUUAAAGAAUACAGACCUAUUGCAUGUUGUACAGUAGUGUGCAAGAUUAUUUCAAAAAUCUUGACAAACAGGACGAAGGGUGUGAUUGGGGAGGUGGUGAAUGAAGCUCAAUCAGGGUUUAUCCCAGGGAGACAUAUUUCUGAUAAUAUUUUAUUAGCUACAGAGCUUAUUAGAGGGUAUACUAGGAAACAUAUGUCACCAAGAUGUAUUAUGAAAGUGGAUAUAAGGAAAGCUUAUGAUUCUGUAGAGUGGUUUUAUCUGCAAACUCUAGUGAAGGAAUUUGGGUUUCCUAAUGUGUUUAUAGGGUGGAUUAUGGAAUGUGUUACAACUGUAUCAUAUAGUGUGUUGGUGAAUGGUAUCCCCUCACAGCCUUUUCAAGCUAGAAAAGGCCUAAGACAAGGAGACCCAUUGUCUCCUUUUCUGUUUGCAUUAAGUAUGGAAUACCUGAGUAGGUGCUUGAAUGAAUUGAAGAAAACACCUGAGUUUAACUUCCAUCCUAAGUGUGAAAGGUUGAAUAUUACACAUCUAAUGUUUGCAGAUGAUUUGUUGAUGCUUUGUAGAGCUGAUAAGAGCUCUCUGGAGUAUAUGGUUAAUGCUUUUCAAAAAUUCUCUGAAGCUUCUGGUUUAUCUGCUAGUCAAGAGAAGAGCAAUGUGUAUUUCUGUGGGGUAAAUGAUGACACAGCUAGGGAGUUAGCUGAGAGGAUUCAAAUGAAAUUGGGGGAGCUCCCCUUCUGA